AUGUUGCCUCGUGCCUUUGGUUUGGGUCUCCUGCUGACUCCAUUCGCCGCAGCACAAGGCCUUGUCUCUGUCGGAUGGGAAGUGUCCAACCCCGCUUCCUCCGGCCUGGAGGAGAUUACCUUCCCCAUGCGCAUUAAAGCAGCCACUCAUGAGGCUGGAUAUUAUUUUUCUCAACAGUUUGGAUUCGAAGGCCAUUCGGACAUUGGGUAUACUGGGCUUCAGCCGCGUCCCGAUGAUGGAGGAAGAAGCGUGCUCCACGCCGUGUUCUCCAGCUUCAUCCCCGAAACUACUUCCAACGACACCAACUGCCAUGACGGUGCCGACGGAGGGCCGGGUGUGAGCUGCGCAGUGGACGUCUUUGGCGACUACUCGCAUACCUACCACCUGCGGGUGCAGAAGGCGCAUGACACCACCUGGGUGGGCACGUUGAUCGACACCGUCACCAAGGAGGAAACACAUAUCGGGUCCUACACACUCCCCAAGAGUGUUAAGGGCAUUCAGAGCAGCUAUACCGGGUUCGUCGAGUGGUAUGUGUGGAACUCGAUGUCCGUGCAUAACUGCAGCACAUUGGGUGAGGUGGUGGUGGAGUUUGGUGCCCCUUUGACUUCCGCCGCUGGCCAGGGAAGGAUUCACAGCGUCCACGAAUAUGGCGAUUGCCAUGGACAGCAAAACUUCCAUUACAAGGACCUGGAUGAUGGUGUCGAGGUCACAGUUGGCUUCAAGCAACCCCCUCCGCCAUUGUCCGACAUCGCAUUCACCAUCCCAUGGACCAUGCCUAAUAUCCCAUCCUCCGGCCUCGCAGACGUAACAUUCCCUAUCACCGUCCGCGAGGCCGAUCCGGAGGGGCGAUAUCUGUUCAGCCAGUACUUCAACUUUGGAGAUCUGUCGUACGGUGGGGCCUUGGAGUUCCAGCCUUCCUCGGCCAGCAGUCAGCUAAAUUAUCUUCACGCUGCAUUCUACGGCUUAGUUCCCGGGACUACGACCAACGAUACGAAUUGCAAGCCUGACCAGUGGGGACUGGCCACUCGCUGCUCGGUUCUGUUCCGAGGAGACUAUUCACACACCUACCACAUGAAAGUCCAUAACAGUGAAGGCAACACAUGGGUCGGCACGAUCGUCGACACGAAAUCCGGUAAAAAGAUCCACAUAGGGGCCUACGAUAUCCCUGCUGGUGCUGGUGCUAUUACUGGAUCUCAGCCGGGAACGGUGCGAUUGGACACUGAGAAUUUUCCAGUCAUCCGUAAUUGCAGCGCACUAGCCCAGAUCUCCGCUGUAUUCGGGCUGCCAUUUACCUCCGUUCGUGAGGCUGGUGCGGCGGAAUUCGGAUACGUACGCGCUUCAGAAGACUGUGCUGAAUACAGGAGCGAGAAGAAUGGCGAUGGCGUGGAGGUAUAUGUCCGGUCCGAGGGUAAGUCGGAGGAACCGAAGGAUAAUACACAAGCCAUUCCGAGCCCUACUCUUUCUGCACCGACUCAGACUGUUGCUACUGCCGUCAAAACAACCUCUACACAGAAAACGUCCGACCAAAUGCCAGCCUGGGAUGGACCGUCCCCCGACCGGAAAUGGGACGGCCCUCUGCCAAAUCCUGCGUGGGAUGGACCUUCUUCAAACCCCAACCAGGUGCAUAUUCUCCGACUUGCACAUGGGCAUCUUACCGAUCAACAUAAUGAGAUUCUCUCCGACAGCUGA